GAUGGGAUUCCUUUAAUAUAAUAAGAUCCUUUUUUUUUUGGAUAAAUAUAUAGAACGAUUUAUUUUGCUAAUUUAUUAUAUUUAGAAAUAAAAGAAAUUAUAGAACCCCUUGCGGAUCGAGUGAUUAAAAAAAUAAUAAAAAUAAAAAAAGUAGAGCGAGCAAGAAAUUGUAGAAACCCUUGCGGAUCGAGUGAUUAUUAAGGAAUAAUAAAAGGGUCGAGCGACCAAGAAAUCGAGAGUACGGGCGCAGAGAUCGCAUAGUGGAAAAAGAAAGAAGAUGAAGAUUUUUGUUAAGACUUUGAAAGGCACUACUUUCGAUGUUGAAGUGAAACCUGAAGAUACUAUUGCGGAUGUUAAAAAAAGUAUAGAAACUACACAAGGGGCCGAUGUUUAUCCUGCUGGACAACAGAUGCUUAUAUAUCAGGGGAAAGUCCUUAAAGAUAAUACGACAAUUGAUGAAAAUAAAGUCGCUGAAAAUAGUUUUGUUGUGAUCAUGUUGACAAAGAAUAAGAGCUCAACUGGGGAGGGUUCCACUGCAUCGACUGCUUCUACAACUAAGGCACCUCAGACAAUUAUCCCAGCAACAAUAGCACCUCCAGCUCCUGUGCCAACCUCGGCACUGCCUGCACCAGCACCUGCUCCUACUCCUGCAGCUGCGCCUGCACCUGCACCUGCUCCUGCAGCUGCGCCUGCACCUGCUCCUACCCCUGCAGCUGCCCCUGCUCCUGCUCCUGCUCCUGCUCCCUCGGCUAUAGCUGCGCAACAGGGCGAUGUUUAUGGCCAGGCGGCAUCUAAUCUGGUCGCAGGAAAUAACUUGGAGGGUGCAAUCCAGCAAAUUCUUGAUAUGGGUGGAGGAACUUGGGAUAGGGAUACUGUUGUUCGUGCUCUUCGUGCUGCUUACAAUAAUCCUGAGAGGGCUGUUGAAUAUUUAUAUUCUGGCAUUCCUGAGCAAGCUGAGGUUCCACCUGUGGCCCCUGUCUCUUUGAGUGGGCAAGCUGCAAAUCAACCAGCCCAACCUCAGCAGCCAGCGCAACCAGCAGCUGUUCCUUCUGGAGGACCCAAUGCUAAUCCUCUAGAUCUUUUCCCACAAGGCCUCCCCAACAUGGGUUCAGGUGGUGCUGGUGCUGGUGCUGGUGCUGGUGCUGGAACUCUGGACUUUUUACGGAACAGUCAACAGUUCCAAGCAUUGAGAGCUAUGGUACAGGCUAACCCACAGAUACUGCAGCCUAUGCUUCAAGAGUUGGGGAAGCAAAAUCCAAAUCUAGUGAGACUUAUUCAAGAGCAUCAGACAGACUUUCUUCGCCUCAUCAAUGAACCAGUUGAAGGUGGAGAGGGGAACAUCAUGGGGCAGCUAGCUGCAGCAAUGCCACAGGCAGUAACUGUCACACCUGAAGAGCGUGAAGCCAUAGAACGGCUUGAAGCAAUGGGUUUUGAUCGCGGACUUGUAUUAGAGGUGUUCUUUGCCUGCAACAAGAAUGAGGAGUUGGCUGCGAACUACCUUUUAGAUCACAUGCAUGAGUUUGAGGAUUGAUUUUAGGGGAAAUAUGCUGAAUCCUUCUGCCCAAUGCUCAGGAGAAAGGAAAAUGGCUCUUUUUGUUUUAUUAUUGUUUCUUUUUCUAUUCUCCUCGACUUAAUUUUAUAAUCAAGUUUGGAGUCUUGGAGUUUUAUAAUUUGAAGUUUCUAGACAAGGAACAAGCUGUAACAUUCCUCCCCCUCGUGCUUCUGCCUUGUUAGGAUCUUUGAUAUUUUCUAUAUACAUGAUUGUCUCAGUAAUCUGUUUCUUUGUGUAUAUCGGACUACUGCUUGGACUGGUGAAGCCAUGAAUUGAUUUCACUGAGAUUUAACAGAA